UCGCGUGUCACGGAACCUUGCCCGGAAAUACUCCACUAGAAGAACAUGCUGUACGCACUGAUUGUUAAUCUUUAUAUUUUCACUACAUAUAAUUUGAAAACUUCAGAUGGACGUUAAUAACUUCACAUAUUUUUAAAUGGUUUUGCAGGCAUCCAGGUGCUUAUCUUAAUAGACCACAAUGGGUAAAAAGAAAGGGAAAGACAGAAGUGCUGAUGCUAAUGAUGACAGCACUGAUACAUUAGGUAUUUCCUGUAGUCACAUUCGUAAAGGAAUAGAGCGCAGUUUACUGAAGAGAAUCAGCUUGAAAGAUCACUGGAUCCGGUGUCAAGACUGUGAGACAGUAAAGCCGGCUGACAGUCAGAGAGCAAAAGAUGAAGAUCAGACCGAAAGUCCUGCAGACAAUGAGAUGGCAGAAGAUCACAGAGAAUCUCCAGUGGUGUGGAUGUGUCUUAAAUGUGGUCACAGAGGUUGUGGGAGAUUUUCUGAUAAUCAACAUGCCAUCAAACACUAUGAGACCCCUCGAUCAGAACCCCACUGCUUAGUGCUCAGUUUGGAGGUUUGGAGCGUCUGGUGUUACAUCUGCGAUGAAGAUGUCCAGUAUUCCAGCACAGGGCCGCUGGGGCAGCUUGUAACAAAUAUACGAAAACAAGUGCUGGCAGAACCGGGCAAGAAAACCACUAACAGGAAAAGCAAGAAGGAUGAGAGCGUAGUGGAGAACCCUGUCGAGCAGACUCGAGGCGAAGAGAAAGAAGAGAUCAAGGAGAACCAGAAGCUCAAUUCAAAACACCCUGACACCCCCAAAACCCAGAAAGCGUCCGCAGGCGUCUCUAGUGCAGUAUCUGUCAGGGGUCUCAGUAAUCUGGGCAACACGUGUUUCUUCAAUGCAGUUGUGCAGAAUUUGUCGCAGACUCACCUGUUGAGAGACCUACUGAAGGAGAUGACAGAUGGCAAGAGCAGCCUAACCAUCACACCUGCAUCGUCCUCACAGCUGGAGCCUCUCCAGAUCCAGCUGGAAAAACCCGGCUCACUCACGCUGGCCAUGUGUCAGCUACUGAACGAAAUUCAGGACACGAAGAAAGGUGUUGUGACCCCUAAGGAACUAUUUGCUCAAGUGUGUAAAAAAGCCUCACGGUUCAAAGGUUUCCAGCAGCAGGACAGUCAGGAGCUUCUGCGAUAUCUUCUGGACGGCAUGAGGGCAGAGGAAGUCAAAAGAGUGAGUUCUGGAAUUCUGGAUGCUUUGAAAAACUCUGGGAAGCACUUGGAAGCUGAGCAGGCAAAAAAAAUUAUAAAAGAGUACGAGAAAAAUGGCGCACCUAGGAACUUUGUGGAGCGAGUGUUUGGUGGGGAGUUGAGCAGCACGGUGAUGUGUAAGGAAUGCAGAACUGUGUCUCUGGUGACCGAGAUGUUUCUAGAUCUUUCUCUUCCUGUAGCUGAUGAGGCCUAUAGGAAGAAGAAUCAGAAGAAGACCGUACAAUAUCGUAGCAGUGUCAGUGAGGAUGGUGAUGACACAACCAGAAUGGUCAAUGGGAAUGACGACAUGCCUACAGGAGCAGGAAGCAAAUAUCAGCAGAAGAAAGCCAAGAAACAGGCCAAAAAACAAGCCAAGACUCAGCGGCGACAGCAGAAACUGGGGAGUAAAGUCACUGUAGAUGCGCUGACCAAUCAAAACGCAGCCAGCAGCACAGAGGAGGUACCACCUCAGAGUGAUGCCAAUGGAAGUACUGAUAUGGAAACGGGUGAAAGUACCCAAGAGCAUAUCGGCCAAUCAGCAGACAGUAAUACCUCAUCUCUAACAUCAUCCCAAAAAGAUGAAGAUGAUGAGGAACCUGAACAAGAAUCUGCUACUUCUGUCAACAACCGCUUCACUGCCUUAUCAGAAGAGCAGAAUUCUGAAGAAAUUUCUGUGGAAGGAGAAAUAAAUGAGGUUAUGGAGGAAGACGGUGCUGAAGAAGAUCAUCUAGUAGAAGAAAUAAAUACUAUGUCCCUGAACGCAACCUCAGGACUGGAAAGUGAGAUGGAGAAUGGGGAUGAUGUGUCGGUACAAGAGAAAGAAUACACGGUGGUUAAUCAGGACCCCGAGCUUGCGUUUCAUACAUUGGCCACCAGGGCGGCGCCAGGGAAACAGGAUUGUUCAGUGGAGUCCUGCCUUUAUCAGUUUACAGAGGUUGAACACCUCACGGACAACAACAGGCUGAUGUGCGUUACCUGUACAAAACGUCAGUCCGGACCGAAAGCCUUGGAAGGUGGUAAGAAAGGUGUUUACAGAGAUGCACUGAAGCAGAUGCUGAUCUCCUCUCCUCCCCCAGUACUCACACUUCACCUGAAGAGAUUUCAACAGGUUUCAUACAGUGUUUGUAAGGUAAACCGUCAAGUUCAGUUCCCUCAAAUCCUGGAUAUUGCACCGUUCUGCUCCCUAAACUGCAAGGGAGUGAAGGAGGACGAGACCCGAGUGCUGUAUAGCCUUUACGGCAUUGUGGAACACAGUGGUACCAUGCGGUCAGGACACUACACGGCUUACGUUAAAUCCCGAACUUCCACACACAACUCCGUUGAAAACGGCUCAAGUGGUUCAGGUGAUGUUGAGUCCAGGAAAGGAACAUGGUUCCACGUAAGCGACAGCAGCGUCCAUCCGGUUACAGAGGCCAAAGUUCAGAGUUCUCAAGCUUACCUCCUGUUUUACGAAAGGAUCUCAUAAUAACGUGUCGAACUGUUUGGUCAAAACAAAGGGCUGCUGGAUCUUCAUUCCAGCUCACAGAUCACUGCUGCUAUGAAAUCCUGUUUUAAACAACUGAAGACUUGAAGUUGUACGAGCAUCAUGUUUUAUUUUCUUAGUAUAAUAAGCUGCUGAUCCUCGGAAACAAUUGUAAUUUUAUGAAACGAUUCACAUGCAAUUAAUUUACAAAAGAAUAAUGAUAUAAAUAUCAACGGUAAUGUUAAAGUGAAACCAAUGAAUUGUUUUUUCUCGCAUCUAGAAAUGUGGUUUUGUGUGGGGUUUCUCUUUAAGCACAACUCUGCGGCCAAGACUGACAGUCAUAUUGAGAUCAUGUUUCACUUUAAAAUUAAUUUCAUGCCAAUAAAGCACAUUUACACCUCA